AUGCCCGUCAAAGUCAACUUUCUCAGCAAGGGCUUGAAGAUUGUCGGCAACCUUUACACCCCUCAAGAGUCAGCUUCAGAUCGCAAACAUGCUGCUAUUGUUGUCGGUCAUCCUUGGGGCGGAGUGAAGGAGCAGACUGCAGGGCUCUAUGCAGAGCGACUGGCCAGCAAUGGCUUUAUCACCCUCAGCUUCGACGCUGCUUACCAGGGUGAAAGCAGUGGUGAGCCUCGUGGUCUCGAAGACCCCUCGCAGCGAGCCGAGGAUUAUCGAAGUGCAGUUAAUUAUCUCUCAACCCGAAGCGAUGUGGAUCCCGAGCGCAUCGGAGCUAUGGGUGUUUGCGCAGGUGGAGGCUACGUUUCCUUCGCGACACAGACCGAUUUUCGCAUCAAGGCCGUGGCCACCGUCAGUGUGGUCGACAAUGGUGGGCUUAUGCGGAACGGCCUUGAGGGCACUGUCGCUGCCACGGAUCGUGCUGCGCUUAUAGAGAGUCUGAGAACUGCUGGAAAAGCUCGCAUCGCAAAGGCUCGUGGAGAGAGUCCCAGUCUUGGUCCUAUUGUUCCCGACAACGCGGCCGAAGUUCCGGAUUACUUGCCUACCCUCUUCAAACAAGGGUCUCAGUAUUAUCGCACUGAUCGUGGAGCACACUGCAACUCCGUUAACCGAUUCCCCACACGAAGCGUUGAUCUUAUGGCUGACUAUUCGUCCUUUGCGUUUAACGAUCUUAUUUCACCUCGUCAACUGUUGAUGAUCGCUAGAUCUACGGCGGACACCCUUUAUUUUAGCAAGGAAGCGUUUGAGCGGGCACUCGAACCUAAGGAAUUAUUUAAGAUUGAAGGCAAGACCCACAUUGAUCUAUACGACGAUACGUUGGUCACUCCGCCGAAGCAUUUUAACUUCAUGACCAAGGCACUGUAUGAUUAA